UUAGUUUGAUGCAAAAUGAAUAUUUACUUAUUAAACAAAACCUUUUUAUAAACCUUCGGUUUCAUAAAGGAAGCUAACAAUGUUUCGUUUUUUCGUAAAUGCUAAAUAAGUGGUUAAUAAAUUAACAAUUAAAUGUUACUGUUAUAUAACGACCAUAACGUAACGUUUAAUGUAAAACAAAAAAGAAAAAAGCUUGAGUGUUUUUUAUUUUCAACUUGGCUCAACCUGAACACUUCCGGUUCAUCUCACUCAUUCAGGAACCGCCGACGCCGUAUCGUCUGCUAUGAUGUGAAUUGCGAGCAGGAAAUUAGCUGAAGGCGCUACAAUUGACGCACCGCUGCGGAUUUCGGGUACUGCGGCAGAACUACAAGUCAUUUGCAGUACGGUUUAACGUCAGUACAUCCACGAUAUGCCUUCACCCAAAGCUAAAAAUCCGGCCCGCGGUGGAGGAAGCCCGGUACUGGGCAGCUCUAACAACAGCCGCUACGAGUUCAUGUCACUGACUAAGCCGCCAACCGCUCCCACGCACCUGCUUCAGCGGCAGGGAUCUGACCCAACCACCGCGCGGCUCCGAGCAUCGGAAAGUCCCACACGGCGACGCGGCUCCAGUUCAUCCACGGGCUCGACGGGCGGUCAGGGAGCGCAGGAUGAGGACGGUAUAAGACUGAAUCCUUCCUUCAUCCGCGUAGCGCUCAGCUCAUUGCUCGCCAUCGACCUGUGGCUAUCAAAGCGACUGGGGGUGUGCGCCUGCGAGGACUCUUCCUGGGGCAGCUUUCGGCCAUUGAUGAAGUUGAUCGAGAUAUCAGGCCACGGUAUUCCCUGGCUGAUCGGCGCUGCCUACUGUCUGUACAAGAGUGACAGCGUCGCUGGUCAAGAAGUCAUGCUCAACCUGUUCAUAGGUCUUUUGUUGGACCUUCUUCUAGUUGGUAUUGUCAAGACAGCGGUGCGCCGUCGUCGGCCGGCGCAUAAUCGUAUGGACAUGUUCGCUACCUUUUCUGUGGACCGUUACUCAUUUCCUUCCGGCCAUUCCACUCGUGCCGCCCUGUGUGGACGGUUCCUGCUGGCUCACCUGGUGCUGGCCGCCCCACUGCGAGUUCUGGUGCUCCUGUGGGCCGGCCUGGUGGGCUUUAGCCGCGUUCUGCUGGGUAGACACAAUGUGUCUGAUGUGCUGUUUGGGUUUUUCAUGGGUUAUUGGCAGUACAACCUGGUGGAGACGCUGUGGCUGUCUCCUCUCACCCUGCAGAGAAUGCUGGGACAGUUUGCUUAACGUGACGGACCAAAUGCGGAAAUUUGGCAGCUUGAAAAUGAAUUGUAAAAGCACCGCUACCUUCAUUCCAUUUGCAGUGGGAGCAGACGGUUAAAGACAUACAUGUACAUUAAGCAGUAGUUAAUUUAUUCUUAAGGCCCUGUCUUCAGAACAAGAGUGGACAUGCAAUAAAAUUCAAUAUUUUACGUUACUCCACCCUAAGUAAUAAACACGCGGCAGCAUCUGCCACCGGGUGGCGCUCCGUUUAUCAGUAUGUAACGUCUGAAGUUAUAAUAGCCAAUGAGUUUAACACGUCAAAAGUGUUAAAGUCGUUGGGUAUCUGGUGAAGUCGGCUUCAUUUUGGUCACGGCACUGUCAGAUGUAGUGUUUUUCUGUAUGGUCUCUGGCAAGCCAAAUGAAGUGUGAUGAACAGUUGUGGUGUUGUACAGUGUCAGCCUGAUGUAGUGAGCAUGGCUUCACAGCAGGAUUACAUCAAAUUCAACAGAGAAGCGAGUUUACAUUUUUAGUGACGUGACCCCCAAAUUGACCUACAUAUAGUUGACAAUUUAACAGUGGCUCCCAUCAUUACUUUAUUUUUAAAGUAUCUUCCAUGUUGCGCUACACUCACAACCACAGAGCAAUACAUUUUUAUAGUAACGCUCCUUGUACAGUACAUUUCGGGAGGGGGGAUAAUACUUUGACGUAGCCUGUGUCACUCUCCUCUCUUUAUGUGUGUGCAUGCAUGUGUAACGUGGUAAAUAUAAUUAUAUUUAUAAUGUUAUCUCAUAAAAUAAGUGACAGUAAAUAAACAGACAGAAACAGAAGACCUGCCGUUGCUGCUUAAAGUAAUCCAAGAGAAAACAGUAGUUUGUCUGGAGAAAGAGUCUCCAGUCAAGCGCAGUGUGUUUCUGUGGCUGUGGAAUUAAACUGUCGCUGCUAAUUCACAA